UCUGCGCCAAGGCUCAUUGACAGCGAGAAGUGAGAGGACCGCUGGGGCCUGUAGGACUGGGAGAGGUGAGCCCGCGGCGGGAGCGAGGAAGGCACUUAAAACCGAAACCCUUUAACAGGGGGGCUGUUCCCCUCCCUCGGCUGGGGCUUCUCGCCGAGACAGUCUGCCCUCCCUUUCCUGGCUUAUUUAAACCUCAGAACCUCCACUCAAUUGGCGGAGUGAGUUUGGUCCGGCCCUUCUCACAUUUGAUUUCAGCUCUGUUAAUAAUAACAAAUCGGGGAGAGGGAACUAAAGUAUUAAUUUGUUGAAACAUAGUAAGCCUAAAGGUUGCACCAGUUGAAACCAUAAUUAAUGGUUUUUGUUUACUGAAAAUAUUGACCCUAAACAAGAUUAGACUAUAAACCCGUUAUUUCCGUAGUCUUCAAUUCCGUGCAAGAUGUUCCUUUGCCUGCAUCAUGUGUAUUCAGUUAGCAGCUCGGGUUUUUUCUCUGAUAUAUUCUUACAGCUUCUUUCUAUUAUUAUUUAUUACUUUUACUAGCUUCUAGUUAUUUGUCAUCUUAUGUUUGUCAGAUGCUUCGUAUUUAUUAUUUGGUUAAGCCUAAUGACGGUCCUACAAGUUAAAAGGCUUUCUGGGGCCUAUCCAUGCUGAGACGUGGCAUGGGAAAAAGAGCAGUAAGAGUGCCCUAGGCAUAGGAAAAGCGUUCUGAAAGGUAGGGAGUGGCAAGAGAGGUUCGGUAUUGAAAAAUUUUCAGUAUAGGUUGAAAAGUAAAGUCUGAAUUUGUGUUGCGAAGAGGAGGUGCAGGUGCUGAAAGAAGAGUCUGGAGUAUAAGCAGAGGCAGAGUAAACUACGUUAAGGAGUUUGAAUUGUAUCCUAACAGCAAUGGAGAGUCAUAGACGGAUUUAAAGCAGAUGAGCAACAUGUUCUGUUCUAUAGAAGUCCUGAAAAAGAAGAUGAAGAAAAACAGAGAAAGAUUCUGCAACAGAGAGAGGGAAUUUGUGUAUAAAUUCAGAGUGGGAAGUCAGGGCUUUGAACUGAGGGUACCCCUCAGAUUUCCUGUUCAAGAGAAUGCCGGUCAUUUACAUGGACGUUUGAUGCUGCUGCACAACUUACCGUGCUUUAUAGAAAAAGACUUAAAAGAAGCUCUGAGCCAGUUUAUAGAAGAAGAAUCCCUCAGAGAUUAUGACCGAGAUGCUGAAGCAGCUCUGGAAGCCGUGAAGUCUGGGGAAGUGGAUUUACAUCAGCUGGCAAGUACAUGGGCCAAAGCUUAUACGGAGACCACAUUAGAGCACGCGAGGCCAGAAGAGCCCAGCUGGGAUGAAGAUUUUGCAGAUGUGUACCACGACCUAAUCCAUUCUCCCGCCUCUGAAACCCUCCUCAAUUUGGAACACAAUUACUUUGUUAGUAUCUCAGAACUGAUUGGCGAAAGAGAUGUGGAGCUGAAAAAAUUGCGAGAGAGACAAGGUAUUGAAAUGGAAAAAGUGAUGCAGGAGUUGGGAAAAUCACUGACAGAUCAAGAUGUAAAUUCAUUGGCAGCUCAACAUUUCGAGUCCCAGCAAGACUUAGAAAAUAAAUGGUCCAAUGAACUAAAACAAUCCACUGCCAUUCAAAAGCAAGAGUAUCAGGAAUGGGUGAUAAAACUUCAUCAGGACCUAAAAAACCCCAAUAACAGCUCCCUCAGUGAGGAAAUUAAAGUUCAACCAAGUCAGUUCAGAGAAUCUGCUGAAGCAAAUGGAAGGAUUUAUGAGGAACAGAGAAAGUUGGAAGAAAGUUUUACCAUUCACUUAGGUGCCCAGUUGAAGACCAUGCAUAAUCUGAGGCUGCUGAGAGCAGAUAUGCUGGAUUUCUGUAAGCACAGGAGGAACCACCGAAGUGGCGUGAAGCUCCACCGACUCCAGACAGCACUGUCACUUUAUUCCACGUCCCUCUGCGGCCUGGUGUUGCUGGUUGAUAAUCGAAUCAAUUCAUAUAGUGGUAUUAAAAGAGAUUUUGCCACAGUUUGCCAAGAAUGCACUGACUUUCAUUUUCCCCGAAUUGAAGAGCAGCUGGAGGUUGUCCAGCAGGUGGUCCUUUAUGCCAGAACUCAGCGCAGGAGCAAGUUGAAAGAAUCACACGAGUCUGGAAACCGAAAUGGAGGAAGUGACGAUAAGUCGAAGAAUGCAGAGAGAAACUACUUAAAUAUUUUACCUGGAGAAUUUUACAUCACUCGGCAUUCGAACCUCUCAGAAAUACAUGUUGCUUUCCAUCUUUGUGUGGAUGACAAUGUGAAAUCAGGGAACAUCACUGCUCGCGACCCUGCCAUCAUGGGACUCCGAAACAUACUCAAGGUUUGCUGUACCCAUGACAUCACAACCAUAAGUAUUCCUCUCCUGCUGGUGCAUGACAUGUCAGAGGAAAUGACUAUACCGUGGUGCUUAAGGAGAGCAGAACUUGUGUUUAAGUGUGUCAAAGGUUUCAUGAUGGAAAUGGCCUCAUGGGAUGGAGGAAUUUCUAGGACAGUGCAAUUUCUGGUACCACAGAGCAUUUCUGAAGAAAUGUUUUAUCAACUUAGUAACAUGCUUCCCCAGAUCUUCCGCGUAUCGUCAACACUGACCCUGACCUCUAAGCACUAGACCCUCGUAGACCAACCUGCUGGCAGAAGAGGAUUGUUUAAUACUCCAGGAAUCUGAGCCAUGCUGGGAUUCUGUCAAGCAAAAGAUGCCCAGAAGGAGGACCUGCAAUCCAAUCCACAAAUCCAAUCAUGACAAAUGUCUGUUAAACAGUCCAAAAAUCCAUGCUAAUCAGCCCUUACUUUAUACAUUUAGUCUUAAAGCUUCUUUAUGGGGGAAAAAAGUCUUUUUUUCCUACGGUUGUGUCCUAUCUGUGAAUAUUAGUGAGUUAAAACUAGGUGUAUAUCACACAUGGACACUAGAUGUAGAUCUUUCACUACAUUUUCAUGGAGAUAUUUGACUUGCCCAAAAGGUUUGGAUCACAUCCGGGACAAGGCUUAAUUAACAUACAAAUAUAAUCUUCCCUCUACCUUAUUUGCCAAGCAAAAAUUAAAAGACAAUGAAAUAUACGUGGCAAGUAUGGAUUUCUCGUGAUAAUCUUUUCAUAGAAACACAAAUACAUGAGACAAACGUGAUUCCUCUUUUUAAAUUCCAUUUCAGAAACUUGUUUUUAAUGUACUCUUUCUAGGUUUUAGAAGUUAAGAAUCAGAAAAAGACUGGAUUCUUUGCCCCCGUCUCAUCUUCCCUUUGUGACCUUGCCCUUACCUGUUAAUACUGUUUCGUGGGCUGGGAAACCAGUGUGCCUGUACGCAGGCCUGGUGGAAGUUGGUCUAAACCAGCACAUGGUGGUAUUUUCAUUCUCAUCCACAUGGUGACCAUCAGACAGUAAGUAUCCUUCUCAUUUCUCUGCCCUGCUUCCCACAUUCUGCUUCCUGCAUUACUUUGCUGAUAACUACAUCCCCAUUUCUGUCUCUGCCGUUUCUCCACUUUUUCCAUUGUCUUUCCUUAGAACGACUUCCUUAGAUACUUAUGCACAUCUCACUUAUCUAUCCCAUCUAGAACAUAGUUACUCUGAGUAGGGACUACAUCACAUAAAGGCAUUUAUAGAAGCAGUGAUUUCAUCAAAUCCAAGUUGCGUGGAAGUUGUGAUUGGCCAGCUGAGUGAAGUGGAGAACCUCUGAUGUCAUCAUAAGAUGGUAGAUCUUUUAUAUCUUUCUAUCUAUACAUAAACUAUAUAUAUAUAUAUAUAUAUAUAUAUAUAUAUAGUUGGUUGUAAAUACAUGAAGUAUAGUGAAUUUACAAUGUUUCUGGUGUACAGCAAAGUGUUUCAGACAGACACACACACACACACACACACACACACGCUUUCCUUUUUGUACUCUCUUCCAUUAUGGUUUAUUGUAAGAUACUGAAGGAGUUCCCAUAGUGGCUCAGCAGAAAUGAAUCUGACUAGUAUCCAUGAGGAUGCAGGUAUGACCCCUGGCUUCACUUAACAGGUUAAGAAUCUGGCAUUGCUGUGGCUCUGGCGUAGGCCGGCAGCUACAGCCCCAAUUUGACCCCUAGCCUAGAAACCUCCAUAUGCCGCGGAUACGGCCCUAAAAAGACCAAAGGGGAAAAAAAAAUUAUGUGCAUAUAUAUAUAUAAAAUAUGGUUCCCUGUGCUAUACAGUAGGACUUUGUGGUCUAUUUAUUUUAUAUGUAGUAAUUUAUAUCUGCUAACCCAAACUCCUAAUUUAUCCCUUCCCCACCCGUUUUCCCCUUUGGUAACCACUGUUUUGUUUUCUGUGUCUCUGAGUCUGUUUUCUGUUUUGUAAAUAAGUUCAAUUCAGAUAAGUAUAUGUUGAUUCGAAGAAAUAGAAAGCACUCUAUUCAUAUGCCUAAAAGUAAAAAUUUAUGGAAACUCUUUUGAUGCACAAAAUGCUUUCUCAUAACACAGAAUGUGUCUUUAUUUUCUACUCAAGGAAAGGACUGUCCAGUAAUGACCCUAAGGGAACACCUACCCCAGACCGUGUCUCUUACUAAUGCUUUGUAAAUCCUUCUCCAAGGAACCUGGUGAUCCCACCAAGAAGAAGGUAGGUGCCUGCUCUUGGAACAAGAAAUUGGCUUCCAGGCACGAAUGCUACCAUAGAGGCUGAUUCUAACACAAAGCAAGGUAGACAGAAAACUGGGGUGUGCUAGAACAGUGUCAGGAUGUUGGGAUUGGUAGUCUGACAGGUUGAGUUGGAGGUGGGUGUAGUGGGAUCAAUAAAAGGCAUUCAAUGUAUGCCUGUUCAAUCAACUAGGAGUUUGGGACUGGCAGAUACAAACUACUAUAUAAAAUAAAGACACACUGUCCUUUAUAUCACGGGAAACUGUAUUCAAUAUCUUGUAAUAGAAUAUAAUGGAAAAAAAUUGAAAAAGAAGAAAAUAGACAUGAGAAUCACUUUGCUGUACACCAGAAACUGAAACAACAUUGCACACCAACUGUACUGCCAUAAAUGAAAAAUUUGAAAAUUAAAAAAAAUUUUAACAAAUAAAAGGCAUUCAAAAAGAGGGGAGGCCUUCCCUGGAAGCUCAGUGAGUCAAGAAUCCGGCCUUGUAUGGCUCUGGUCACUGCUGUGGUGCAGGUUCCAUCCCUGGCCCGGGAACUUCUGCAUGCUCUGGGCGAGGCCAAAAAACAGCAGCAGCAGCAAAAUGAAAAGAGGAGAACCUUUCCACAGACUUCCUGUAACUAAGUGUAGAGCCAACAGCUUGAAGGGUGUGGGCAGGGCUCAGGGUGUAGGAGGAGGUAUAUUGACAGCAGCCAGGUAGGUGAGUGCUGCUGCCCAGCCCUUCGUCACCUCAAGGCUGUUCUAUUAGAUUAAGUAUGAAGGGGUGGCUUUCACACCAGCAUAAUUUAAAGGCACCAUUUGGCCUGUGAAAUGAAAAUAAGUAUUAAGUAUCCAUUUUUCAUGUGGUGCUGUAUUAUGAGAUACACAGAAGUGGUAAGGUUGGAAAAAUCAACCUUAUGAUGAUAUGAAGACACACCAGGUACUGAGCUGGUAACAGAUAUAUAAUUUAAAAUACUACAUGGUAGGGAUUUUAGUGAAGCAGUAGAUGAGGAGGUCUGUAAUUCUGUAUUUAUUUUCCAAGUGUUCUAGAAGGCUUCUUUGGUGGGAAUGGUUUCAGACAGUCCAUGGGGAUGUGGAGAAGACAGCUUGGCAGGCUGAGAGUGGAAGGAUCAUUCUCCGUGUAAGGUCCAGAUAGGAGCAGCAGUAGAUUCAAGGGAGGCAGGGGUCCACAGCCAGGAAGGUGAGAGAAGCUGACUGCAAGAGCCCCUGGGUGGGGGGCCUGCAGGACCCGGGGCCAGAGCACAGGCCUUGAUGAAGAAGGUCCCAGGGAGCAUCGGGUUCUCUAGCUGUACAAACAGUUAUUCCUAAGACAGGUGAGAAGGUCCUCAAGCCUGUUUUUUUGUUGUUGUUGUUUUUUUUUGUUUUUGUCUUUUUAGGGCCACAUGCGCAGCAUAUGGAGGUUCCCAGGUUAGGGAUCUAAUCAGAGCUACAGCCGCCGGCCUACAUCACAGCCACAGCAACACUGGAUCCAAGCCUCGUCUGUGACUUACACCACAGCUUGUGGCACCACUGGAUCCUUAACCCCCUGAAGGAGGACAGGAAUCAAACCUGCAUCCUCAUGGAUGCAAGUCAGAUUUGAUUCCACUGAGCCAUGAUGGGAACUCCUCCUCAAGCCUUUAAAAACACACUUUGGACAGGGCAUUGAGCCUGAGGGCUCCAGUCCCUACUGCCCUUUCCUCCCCUCCUGUUCUCAAAACACCAAACCCAGCAAGGCCGUAACCUCCCUACGCAUGGGGAAGGGCGGCACCAGCUGUUCCUCAGCAUGAUAGUGCGACCGGAAUGGAAGAAAUGCAUGAAAAGGAAUUUCAGGGGAAACACAACUUAGGUUGCCUAGGCGCUGGCAGAUCUCUUGCCGGCGCAGUGCACACUGUCUGUGUCACUUAGCUGGAUCUGGGCUAAUUCUCCCAAGAAGAAAAUGUUCUGCAAAGGAAAGAUGAAUUCGCGGAAAGAUUCCCUUUCCAGUGUCCCUUGGGAGAAUCAGCAGAGGUGUGGUGAAAACAAAACUUAAAGAGAGGCUUCUCUGGCCCCAUUUUCAGUUUCCAGGCGAAGGUGAUUGUUUCUGCUAGUUUUCCCUUUGAGAUGUAGUGGGCUGCUUUGCUCAAAAGAAGUCACAGCAGUGUAAAAAUUCUUAAUAUUAUUUUGAAAUAAUAGAAACUAUUUUACAACAUCUGUUUACAAAAACUUUCGUGUAUUUUAGAUUAAUGAUUUCCUAUCCUUUAACCAGCAAAGACCCUGUCCAUUAUCUUCCCCGUAUUUCUCUGGCAUGUUCUGAAAACUUCCUUAGCAAACAAUUUGAGCAGCUACCCAUUUUUCGUUUAUCAAGGAUAUGUCUAUGGAGUUGAGGGAUGGGUGGUGUAGCAGGCGACUCAAUAUGGCAUGGAGUUAUCACUGUGUAAUUCCAGGCAAGUUCACAAAAUCAAAAGCCAAACCUUGCCAUUUUAUGUUAACCUGUGAGGUCUCAUCCUAGUGAAAUGUAUUUUGGGGAAUAUUUUUCUAAAGAGCUCAGGGACAUAUUUAAGACACCUCUAAGGACCGAGGGACCCAAGGAACCUCAAGUUGGAAACUGCAAGUUUAGACAAAUAUUAACACAAGAGUACAUCACAAAGGGAGAGCAAAGGAAAGGACAGAUGGACCUGAGUCCUGUUCAGAGCACAAGUGUUUGGUGAGUUUCUUCCAUACACCGAGGCACAGAGCUGAGUGAGAUUCAGCCUCGAGAAGACUCUGAAGCCAAUGGACUUGAGCUGUUUGAUUAAAGUCAGAAGACCUGGUAGACUUCCCUGUGAUGUGAGAUACUGACAGUCUCUAAAAAAUCCCAGCUAAAGGCAGGGGGUGGAUGGCUAGCCUCCUGAAGUCCCUGCUGGACAAACGUGAUGUCCUGUUCCACACACAGCUACCAUUAGGAUGAGCCACUCCAGAUCUCUGUUCUUUUCCUACUUUCCCAGAGGAAGGCAAGGUUCUGGAUAUAUCCACGUCUAGGAAUUGGCUGAACUUGAUGCUGUGUGGAGUGAAUCAUCCUUGAUUCUGGACUCUGUAUUUUGCAAAUUCCUCUACUUGUUAAAAUGUAUUUGUAACUCCAAAAGCAAUAAAAGCAUUUAUAAAA